GAGUGACAGGAAAUUCCACCAUUCACUGUGGGACCUGGGAGAGCUCAGUGGUCGGGAUUCCGGGGUGGAGGACAGUCGCUUCUCUCGGAGGACCUGAAAACUCCCGGUAGCCACAGGUGCCACGUGGGGUGUCCUGGCAAAGUCACCAGUCAGCAGCGCAGCGGCGGGAACCGCAGCCCGGCGGCCCUGGAACCUCCCAGGAGGAAUUGGAAUGCCUCAACCCUGCUCACAGGGCUCUUUACAAAGAUCUCCUGUUGGCAAAGUACAACAGUCUGGUUUCUGUGGGUCUCCCCAGUGCUCAGCCAGAUCUGCUCACCUGCGAAUCAGAACAAUGAGCCCUAGAUGGAGAAGAGAGAAGAGACAGUAGCAAAGGAUCCUGCUUUUUACUUUUGACACCUUGAUGUGAAAUGUCAAAAAGAGUUCCAGUCUUUGUUCCUAAGAACCUCAGAGAAGAGCAAGAGGAAGAAUGGAUGAUUCUCCUGUAGAUGCACCCCAGAAUUGUACCUGUGCCAUGGGAUCUCAACUGAGCAUCUUAGAAUAAAGUCAGCUGUAGCCCAGCUGCAGACAAGAUUGAUCCAGUGUCCUUAUUUGAGCAAGGUCGACAGAGUUUUGCUCAUGAUGACUUUUCCAUCCGAGGUGCAACAUUGUGAUCCUGUUUGAUAUCAACAAAGCCUUCAGUAAGGUAUACUCCUGCAUCUAGAACUCCAAUGUAUAUCUUAUAUGCCUUCAAAGUUUGCUGAUUGUAAGCCUAUUAUGUCAUCCUGUUUUCACAGAGAUAGAAAAUACAACAGAGUAUUCUAGACUGUAUCUUUUAUUAAAAUUAACUUUCACAUUCACUUUAUUUGCCUGAAUGUAUGCAUGAGUAUUAUAUGUGCAUCCUUCCUGCAGAGUUCAUAAAAGAGCAUUAGAUCCAAUGGAACAUGAGUUAUAAUCUAUUAUGUAGUGCUGUGUGGGUUCUGGGAACAAAACUUGGGUCCUCCAGAAGAGCCACCCAUGCUCUUCACUUCUGAACCAUCUCUGCAGCACUGUUAGAAAACUUUUGUCUUUGAGUGUCAUGCCUCAUCAAUAUCAUGAAAGUGUCUCUAAUUCCUUACGUCUCUUUUACCUAGGAAAGCAUUUUGUCAACAGCACAUGGUAAAUGUGUAAUUUUCCAUUACAGGGUCUGUUGACGUUCAGGAAUGUGGCUGUGGACUUUUCCCCAGAGGAGUGGGAAUGUCUGGACUCCUCUCAAAGGUCUCUGUAUAUGGAUGUAAUGUGGGAGAAUUACAGCAAUCUAGUUUUUGUAGAGAACCAUUGCAUAUGUGGUAAAUAUGAGAAGGUCUUGGAUCAAGACUCAAAGCACAUUGUCCGUGAGGAUGUAAAUAUCCAAGAAAAGUCUUACAAAUGUUGUGAGCUUGGGAAAACGAUUCAUGAAUCCUCCCAGGGUAUACCGUAUAACACAAGUGAUACUACAGAAAACUUCAAGGAGUACAGAAAUGGUAACCACAGUGAUGCCUCUAUUGAAUCAUCAGACCCAAGGAGACAUGAAAGUGGGAACACUGCAGAAGAACAAUAUAAAUAUAAAGAUUAUGGGGAGUGUUUAAAUUUGUGCCCCAUCAUUAGCCAAUAUCAGCAAAUCCACACUGGAAAGAAAGAACACAAAAAUAGAGAGUAUGAUGAAUUUUUUGACUCUAAACAUAAACUAAAGAUGAAACAAAUCCACAGUGGAGAGAAACCAUACCAAUGCAGGAAAUGUGGAAAAUGUUUCAGAACCUAUUUGAGCCUCAGUAGACAUCACAGAAUUCAUCCUGGAGAGAAACACUAUAAAUUUACAGAAUGUAAUAAAUCUUUUCUGUAUUUGUCACACCACAAAGUACAUUACAGCAUCCAUUAUGGAGAAAAACCCUACAAAUGUACAGAAUGUGGUAAGUGCUUUUAUCGUUCAUUGGGUUUUAAAAGACGUUACAGAAUCCACACUGGAGAGGAGACUUACAAAUGUAGUGAUUGUAGAAAACCCUUUACCUGCUGCUUAGGUCUUAGAAAACAUCAGAAUAUUAAUGGAGGAGAGAAGCCUUAUGAAUGUAAACAAUGUAGUAAGUCCUUCUAUACAUUGUCACACCUUGAGUACCAUUAUAGAACCCACAAUGCAAAGAAACUUUACAGAUGUAAUGAAUGUGGAAAAUCCCUCUCCACCUCCUCAGGUCUUCAAAGACAUCAACGAAUUCAUACAGGAGAGAAAGCUUACAUAUGUGGUGAAUGUGACAAAUGCUUUAUCCAGAAAUCUCAACUUAAAACACACCAAAGAAUUCACACAGGAGAGAAAACUUACAAAUGUAGUGAAUGUGAGAAAUCCUUUACUGUGGGCUCAUCUCUUAGAAUACAUCAAAGAAUUCACACAGGAGAGAAACCUUACAAAUGCGGUGAAUGUCACAAAUGCUUUAUCCAGCAAGCCCACCUUAGAAGACAUCAAAAAACUCAUACAGGAGAGAAACCUUACAAAUGUAGUGAAUGUGAGAAAUCGUUUACUGUUGGCUCAGAUCUUAGAAUGCAUCAGAAAAUUCAUACUGGAGAAAAACCUUACAAAUGUAGUGAAUGUGACAAAUGUUUUAUUCAGAAAGCCAAACUUAAAAAACAUCAGCGAAUUCAUACAGGAGAGAAACCUUACAAAUGUAGUGAAUGUGACAAGUCCUUUACUGUUGGCUCAGAUCUUAGAACACAUCAAAAAAUUCAUACUGGAGAAAAACCUUACAAAUGCAGUGAAUGUGACAAAUGCUUUAUCCGGAAAGCCAACCUUAGAAGACACCAGAGAAUUCAUACAGGAGAGAAACCUUACAAAUGUAAUGAAUGUGAGAAAUGCUUUAUCCAGAAAGCCAAUCUUAGAACUCAUCAGAGAAUUCAUACAGGAGAAAAACCUUACAAAUGUAGCGAAUGUGGGAAAUCCUUUACCGUUGGCUCAGAUCUUAGGAAGCAUCAGAAAUGUCAUACUGGAGAAAAACCUUACAAAUGCAGUGAAUGUGACAAAUGUUUUAUCCGGAAAGCCCACCUUAGAAGACAUCAAAGAAUUCACACAGGAGAGAAACCUUACAAAUGCAGUGAAUGUGAAAAAUGCUUUAUCCAGAAAGCCAAUCUUAGAACACAUCAGAAAAUCCAUACAGGAGAGAAACCAUAUAAAUGUAGUUACUGUGAUAAAUGCUUUAUCCAGAAAGACCAUCUUAGAACACAUCAGAGACUUCAUACAGGUGAGAAACCUUACAAAUGCAGUGAAUGUGAGAAAUCUUUUACUGGUGGCUCAGUUCUUAGAAAACAUCAGAAAAUUCAUACUGGAAGAAAUCUUACCAAUGCAGUGAAUUUGACUAAUCCCUUAUCCAGGAAGCCCACCCUAGAACUCAUCAAAGAAUUGAUACAGGAGAGAACGCUUAUAAAUGCAAUGUAUAUGGCAAACUCCUUACCUGUCCCUCAGGUCUAAGAAAAUAUCAGAAAAUACCUACUAAAGGCAAAAGUUUACAUACUAAGUAAUAUGGCAUAUGCUUUAUCAAAGCUCUGUCCUUAUGGACCACCACAGGAUCCACACUAGGGAAUCAUGUACUUGAGAAAUGUGUGAAAACCUUUGAGUAAUUUUUGAAUCUGAAAAAAAGAAAAAUGUCCAGACUUUAUACUAAGGAAAAAUUCUGCAAAUGUGACAUUGUAGGAAAAUUUUCAUUAAGACGUUUUACCUUCUCAACUUCAAAUGUUUCAUAAUGAAUACAAAAUGGAGAAGCCUGAAGAAUGUGCUGUUGUGUAACAGUUUUGUGGAGACAAGCAUUCCAUCCUGUAGGGAAGCUAAAUAAGACAGGAAAUAAACCAUUCAAAAUAGCUUCCAGAACUGAAACUGUCAAGAUUCACUAUGCUUGAAGAAACUUAUACCAGUCUUGCUGCUUAGAAGAGGCUUUGAUGAAUUGAGCCAUUAAAAUACAUUGUCCUUUAACAUGUAGAUAUAUCUGCAGGUGUGUAGUAUGCUAUGGGUGUCCAGUAUUCAAAAGCUGUAUUUCAUGCUGACUUGGAGUUUCAUGAUGACAACUGUCUUUAUGUAACUUUUGCUCUUGUAAGCAACUCCAGUCUCGUAUUUAUAUAAGUAACCCCAAUAAAGCCCAUUGGUUCAACAAGUUGGA